AUCAAUAAGACACAACCUCGGGUUUUUAUUAAUUUUUUUGGUUUUAAUUAAAUUGCAAAUUUCGUAACAGCUAUGCGUUUUCCUUACGUCAUAAGUGAAAAUACAAGAGAGGCGUAUACGCCUUCAUUAACAGCUCUUCAGUUAACUCUUGAACAACGAAGAAAAACGUUUCCAGAAAGAUUAGAAUGGGGUGACAAACACUGUUAUUCUUUAACCAGAUUAUGCAUUGAAGCAAUAUCAAAAAAUUUCGCCAAUCAGCCGGUUCUUAAAGAAGUAUAUGGUGCCGAUCAAGAUCUUCUCUUAGAAAUUUUACCUACGAACUUACCUCUGGAAAUUGUUGUCCCUUUAAUUGAUGAAGAAAUAUACUGGAAAAGACGUUACAACGACGAAUUUGGUAUGGUAUCUCAGCGCUUGUACCCAAAUUGGACGUGGAAACAGGUAUUUAUCGAGAGGAACAUUCAAAAACUUGUACAGCAAGCGGAGCCUCAAUACAACGACGAGAACGAUAUGGAGGCAGUGUUAAAAUUGUGUUGUCCGUAUGUCAAAAGAAUUCUAAUUACGCAACUGCAAAUGUGGAGACCUCCAUUACACUGGGAAAAGAGCGAAUAUCCAGAGAAUUUUCCGUUGCAUCACAUAAAUUUUGAACCAAUACUGAAACAGCUAACGGAAAUUCAAGAAUUCGAUUUAGUAUUCGGAAUGAAUUCGGUUGGGGAUAAAUUUUGCUGGGAAAUGUUUAAGUUUACACCGUUAGAUUGUAGUCGACUCGGUGCCGCUUUGUUAAAUUUGCAAAACCUUCAAAUAUUAAGAGUGCAUCGUAGCAAUUUGGAGUACAAACAGUGUCAAGCUUUGAUACAAGGAUUGAUGAAGAAUCGGACACUAGCGGAGUUAGAUUUGUCGUAUUGCGAAAUUCAAAACGAAGGCGCACUUUGUGUAGCGAAAUUAAUGAUUGUGCAUCCAGUUUUGGAAGUUGUAAAGCUCAUGUAUAACAAAAUCAAACAGAAAGGUGCGGAGGGAAUUGGAUACGCUCUUUUACACGAAAAUUGCUGCCCGUUACGGGUUUUGGAUUUAAGAAGCAACCCAUUGCGACACGGUGGAAUUAUGGGUAUUUUACGGGCGUUAGUUAGAGUAGACAAACCGAGGGAGUUGAGUUUGGGCGGGUGCAUCGCGGAAGAUGAAACCCCCGUGCGCAUUGCUCAAAUGAUCAAUCUAAAUGCGAGUUUGGAAAUUUUGGAUAUAAGUGCUAAUUGGUUCGGAGAGGAAGGAGGAGAGUAGCUCUUGGUAUACUAUUUAACAAAUAAUAAAACAAUACAAUGGUUGGAUGUGCGUGAAACUGAUAUCACUAUAGAGCAGUCGAAAGUAAUUAACAAAAUUUUGCGAAGAAAUCGAGCAGGGGUGGAUUGUUUGAGCGAAGAUGAAGAAGUGGAAGAAGAGGUAGUUGCGACCGAGGAAAUUGCUACUGAAGAAGUAACUGAAGAGGAAGAGGAGGGUGGAGCAUGACAUUUACCUACAGAAUUCUGAAGUGUCGCUAUAUACAUAAUAAAGAUAUAG